AAAAAUAAUAGAAAUUCUCAAAUAGAAGAUGUCUUGCAUAUGCCAGUACAUCGUUAGUGCCACAUCCUCGACGGGCAAUGGCAACGAGGAACGCAUUGCAGUACCCUUACCCAAUCCCAACGAGAAUGUAGCCAUCGAAAAUGAAGGGACCUGCGAUGCCUGGCAGACGCCCAUCACAGAUGAUGCCAAGAUAACGGCCAGUGUAUCGGAGCUGGUCAAGUGUCGUGCUGAGAAUUGGCUGCUGAAGCAAAAGCUGGCGGAGCACGAGGUGAACAUACAGUCGCUGGAGCAGCUUAUGACAUCCAUUGUGAACAAACAGAAUGAGAAUCUGACUGAAAUAUUUCAGCUACGCAAACGCAACCAGGAACUGCAGACCGCGUGCCAAUUGCAACGUGAAUAUCACUCCCUGGAACGCGAUGCGUUAAUCAAACAAAUCCACAAUGUGAAGACCAUUAACCGAGAGUUGCACAGUGACGAAGAGAAUGAUCAGUUGGACUCUGAUGAUAGCGAUGAUAAGAGUGACACCGAUGAUGAUCAGGUGGAGGACGAGGAUGAGGACGAGGAGGAGGAUCAGUUAGAACAUGCUACUGAUGAUGAUGAUGAGGAGGAGCAUGAGGAGCGAGAGUUGCACAGUGACGAGGAGGAUGAGAAGAAGGAUGAAGAUGGGGCGAAUCACUCAGCGACCGCUAGCGACGAUUAUGAUGAAAAUCAGUUGGACUCUGAUGAUAGCGAUGAUGAGAGUCAACUCCAGGACAUCGAUGAUGAUGAGAUGGAGGAGGAGGACGAGGAGGAGGAUCUGAUAGUACAUGAUAGUGAUGUUGAUGAUGAGGAGGAGCAUGACGGUGAUGAUGAGGCACAGGACGAACAAAUUAGCGAUUCUGAUGACGAGGAUGAUCUAUCGAGUGACUUUUUAUUGGGCUACACGGACACAGAGAAUAGCGAUUUAGAGCGCGAGAAUGAGUAUCAGGAAUUCUAAAAAUGUGACUAAAGUCAGACAGUUCUUGAUGGUUGAAGCUGUAAAUUAUUUAUUGCUGUAACUUUAAGUAUUUGAAUAAAUGUUGUUGAUUACGUUCAGUGUUAUCUCGUCAGACGAAAA